AACCUUUUGGAGAUACAGGCACGAAAAAAUAGGUGACCUGACCUGACCUGAACUGAACUGACUUGUCCCACUUUACUGUAGACAUUUAAGAAUCGUCCCCGACAGAGCUUUGACAGCAUUGCGGUCUAGUUUUAAGCAGUCAACAUGGUAGACGCACGUCUUCCCGCCAAGUCAGAUCUGGCCAAGGGUCUUCAUGGCCUGAGUCUCGACGAUGUUUCCAUGGAUACGCGGACCGUGUCGGUUCGGUACCAUUACGAAGGUACCCCCAGCGAACCGUUAACUCCACCCAUAUAUCACUCCUCUACGUACAAGCUGGGUCAUGUGGAAGACUUCAUUACGGUCAUGAAAGAGGGCGGGUCGGUGUAUUCUCGACUGAGCAACCUGACCACGGAGUCGGCGGAAUGUCAGAUCAACUUGCUGGAGGAGGGAGCCGGAAGUAUCGUGUUCGCGAGUGGCAUGGCCGCUGUCUCCACCUUCCUGUUCGCCUUCUUGAAAACAGGAGAUCACGUGGUGUGCUGUCUUCCCGUGUAUAGCGGCACACAGACCCUGUUACGUGACGUCGGUAAGUUUGGAAUCGAGGUGUCCUGGGUCCCAGCCGGAUGUUCAAUGGAUGAGUACAAGAAAGCGGUCAAGCCAAAUACAAAAUUACUGUAUGGCGAAACUCCGGCCAACCCCGAGAUGUCCAUUCUCGAUUUAGAAGAGUUCGGAAAACUGGGCCAGUCGCUGGAGGGCGUGUUCACUAUCGUGGAUGCUACUUUUGCCAGCCCCUACCUCCAACAACCAAUGAAAUACGGGAUUGACUUCAGCCUUCACAGCUGCACCAAGUAUAUGGGAGGCCACUCUGACCUGAUUGGUGGUUGUAUCACUACGCGGACUGUCGACCAAUGGAAGAAACUCAAGAAGUGGCAGACCAGUGUCGGCAGCAUGCUGUCCCCGCACGACGCGAGCCUGUUGAUCCGCGGUGUGAAGACACUACCAAUCAGAAUGAGGCGACACAGCGAGAACGCGCAGAAAGUGGCGCACCACCUCGACCAACACCCAAAGGUACUACGAGUGAUGUAUCCUGGUUUACCGUCUCACCCUCAACACGAGGUUGCUAGGAAACAGAUGUCGCGUGGUUUUGGUGGGAUGUUGAUGGUGGAUGUGGCUGGUGGUGAAGCAGGAGGGAAAAUUGUUUGUGAGAGUCUGCGGAUUGUGCAGCUGGCGGUGUCCCUGGGCGGGACUGAGAGUAUCAUAGAGCACGCCAUCACCAUGAGUCAUGGGCGGUACCUACUCAGCGAGGAGGAAAUACGACAGAACAGAAUAACUCCUGGCAUGCUACGGGUCAGCAUUGGUUUGGAAGAUCCAGACGACUUAAUACGAGAUUUCGAUCAAGCCCUGGCCAAGAUACCAGCGUAGAGUAGCUCAGAGAUCUUCACCCAUCAUCAGGGCUCGUGCUUAUAAAACUUUUAGAGUCCAGACGCAAUCUUUAAUGACGUCACACACAUGCCAUGACGUUCACGUCUCAGACUCUAUUAGUCUCGAUUUUAGACUCGAAACGUUUUAUAAGCACCAGGCCUGAUCCACCUGCAGAUGUGGUCUGCAUGACUCCAUUUUGUAACCUAUGGGGAAUUUGAAACAUUUACCUUCAAGCUGGACUUGCCCAGUAAAACGUCGCAUACCCCCGUCCUUGACAAUACCAGAGUGAUGACGUUGAUUUGUAAUCAAUUGAUAUAUGGCAAUGUAAUCAAUAUAUAAUUAAUAAUUGCUUUUUAAAGUUGGAUAAAAUUAUAAUAAAUAAUUAUUAUGUU